AUGUUUGGCAAGAACGAGGAACCGGAGAUCAAGGAGGUAACAAUAUCAUUGUUCAUCUUUAAUUUUCUCAAGCCGCUGACAUUUCGAAAGGUCCUUGAGCAACGAAGACCUUCCGCAGGUGAUGCGAUGCACAAUACUCAUAACCUGUCGGUUUCGAAUCGAGGUCUUACGGGUGCCUCUGCUUUGACAGUCCGUCAAUCGAUCUAUCCAAUUACCUUGGUAACCAUUUUGUUUUUUCUAUGGGGUAUGUGACUGCUCACCUCGCGACUUUCUCACUUUUAUCAAGAUUAUCUAAUCGAUCUACAGGUUUUGCAUACGGUCUUCUGGAUGUCCUGAAUGCCAAGUUUCAAACUGCUCUCAACAUCACGGCAGGUAAAGCUGGUGGUCUUCAAGGCGCCUAUUUCGGAGCUUACUUUAUUGGUCCUUUGACAUAUUCUGGAUGGAUUGUCAGAAAGUUCGGAUACCGCUGGACAUUCAUUGUUGGUCUUUCUAUCUAUGGUAUAGGAGCCGUAUGUGAAAUCUCCAUGGCGCCAGGAAGCAAGCAUAUUAACGUGGAAUAGCUUAUGUUCUGGCCCUCGGCAGUCUACCGAAGUUUCCCAGGAUUCUGCGGUUCUCUUUUCAUCGUCGGGUCUGGGCUGUCGACUCUCGAGACAAGUGCAAAUCCAUUCAUUGCGACAUGCGGACCUCCAAGACUCUCCGAGUUUCGUUUGGAGCUGUCUCAAUCAUUUCAAGCUGUUGGGUCGGUCAUGGCUCCUCUGUUAGCAUCCCGUGUUUUCUUCAGUCAUACUGAUCCACAUGAUUUGAGCAAAGUACAAUGGACAUACCUUGGAAUUGCCGCAUUCGUGUUUCUUCUGGCCGUGGUUUUCUUCUUCUCUCCUCUACCAGAGGUUACGGAUGCAGAUAUGGCCUUGCAAGCAGAACAAUGCUCUGGACUUACCGGUUACAUUGACAAGCCUAUACGCCGACAGUACAAGCUCAUGUUUGGCGUGGCUGCCCAGUUCUGUUAUGUUGGAGCGCAGGUAUGUCUCUUGCGAACAAUAGCCCGAACUUGGCAAUAUGCUAACAAAUAUUAGGUUGGCGUUGCAGCAAAUUUCAUCAGAUAUGCCGUUGAGUCAGCCAAUAUCUCCGAAGCUGCUGGAUCUGAUCGCUAUGCUAUCGGCCAAGGUCUCUUCGCAAUUGGUCGUUUUGCAGCAGCUGGUCUCAUGAUGGUUAUCAAACCUCGUCUUGUUCUGCUGGUAUUCAUGACGUCCAUCAUGCUGUUUAUAGCUCUCGCUGUUGGGAUCAAGGGCAACGCAGGAGUAGCGUUUCUCUCACUCGUUCUCUUCUUCGAAUCCUGCAUUUUCCCAACCAUCUUCACACUAUCAAUCCGCGGUCUGGGCCGUCAUACCAAGCGUGGAUCUUCUUGGAUUGUUGCCAGUGUCAGUGGUGGUGCUUUGUUUCCCGCGCUUACUGGUCUCCUCGCAGACAAGAAAGGCUACCAUAUCUCGAUGACUGUCCCUCUUACAGGAUUCUUCAUGGCCUUUGCAUUUCCAAUCUACCUCAACGCUUUCUGCCGCAAGGAACUUGAUGGCUUUAGUGCAACCAAGAUCGGCUAUGUAGAUGGCGAUGGUGUUAUUGGUGAUGCUGGUAGAGAGGAGAGAAGACCAAGCAUUGCAAAUGCCGAGAUGGGAGAAGUUGAUGGGUUGGAGACGUACAGUUCCACUGAGAAGAAAUAG